GAGCUCUCUGCUGGGCAGCUCGCGUCCGUGUCAAUUCUUACGUCUCCCCAAUCCCUUUUUUGGUUGAUUUGUCUACUCAGUGACUUUUUGAAUUUCCUACUAAAAAUCCAAGUAGAAUUUUAAUUGGAUUGCAGUGAAUCUAUAGGUUAAAUGGAGGAAAUUUUACAUCUUUGAAUUAUUAAGCUGUUCCAUCCAAGAGCAAGAAAUCUCUGUAUUUACUCAGACCAUCUGUGUCUGUUACUAAGUUUCAAAGUGUUCUCCACCGAAGCUUUGAGUUCUUUGUAAAUUCUCGAGUAUUCUGUCGUCUUCACUACUAUUUCGGAGACGUUUCGUUUUUAAGUCACAUUCUUGCUGGUGCAAGAAUUGUAUUGUUCAACUGAUUUAAGACGAAUGCUUUGUCUUCUUUAAUGGUAUUUAAGACAAUGUAUAUAUUAUGCAUUUUUUUCUCUGAAAAAAUAUUCAGUGAAUAAUGCAUAGUUUACACUGUACACUGGGUUCCCAGAGGAUGAAGUUUGCUUUUCGUCGCUUUAUAAACUCUAAUUUUCAGCUAGAAUCGUUUUUGACUCAAACGUUACGUAGACGGUGCUUCAUAAAUUCCAGUAGUUAAGGGGUUUUGGUCAGCAGUGUAUUACAUACUGCGCACUCACAGUUUAAUCUGCUAUAGGACCCGGUCUCAGGCCGCCCGCACUGCAGCCACGCGCAACAGCUUCCCGCACCACACAGCGCGCGGCCCCGCAUCUUCCGGGGCUUGUUUCGCAUCCGGCUGCCUGUGUCUAAGCCGCGUCUCAGCGGCACUUCCUGCUCGCGCGCAGCCGCCGCCGCGUCGGCAGCCCGGACGGCCGCGGCCUCGGGAACCCACCGAGUCGCUCUGGCCUCCCGCCGCGUAGAGCGACUGCGCGGGCCCGAGAUGGGCGGCCCGCGUACCGGAAGUCGGGCGGGACUUCCGGCGCCGGCCUCGGGGCCGGCCGCUGAGUUCAGGGGUGCGCGCCUUUCCCGGAGUGACCACCGGAGGUGGGGGCUUCGCGCGGGAGAAUCCUCUUCGUUGCCGUCCGUUCUCCCGCGUGACUCCGAUGCCCCCGCGGUGGGUGCCCUCUCGGCUCGGACGGGCGGCGGAUCGUGGGAGCCGAGCGCGGAGGGCCGCGGGCUGUGGGGCGGGGUCGAAGCCCCGCUCACCGUAGGAUGCCCAGCGGAGGCCGAGCAGCCCUGCCCCGAGUCUGGCUGCGUGUCCGCGUGGCGAGGCUGCCACAGAGCGGUGAGGCAGGUUCCAGCCAUGCCCAGCCUCAGAGCUCGCCCCGAAGAGGCAGAAAUGGAACCCCCGGUUCCUGGACUGUCCCCCUGGAUCCCCGAAGCCCAGGCCUGUGUGAGUGAUGCUCCUGCUGUGACCCACCCUGGAUCUUCAUUCUGUGGUCCCCUCCGCUGUGGCAUAACUGAGCCAGGAACCAGCCCUCACCAUCAGCAGCCAGAUUGGGACACCAGGACUGAGGACAAGGUGUUUCUCCAGAAGGAAGAACUUCCUGAGGAUUUGGAAUCACAGGCAGAAAUAUCAGAAAACAGUUCCAGCAAUGCUUCCCAGGGUCCUGGGCUUGGGGAGCCCUGUGAUGGAGCACUGGGAAGGGCGUGGGGGGCUCCUGACAAGAGGCAGGCACAGCCCCACUGCCCAGAGGGGUGCCUCACACCAGUGGCUGUGCCUCUCUGGAGCCCCCUGGGGGAGAAAGAAUUGGACUGUGGUGAUUUUGAGAGCAGCUUUGGUCUGAGCCCAAGCCCAGGGACCUUCCAGGCAAUGCCUAUGGGAGAGAGGCCAGGUGUGUAUGUGUGCAGCCCCAGCUUCCAACACAGUGCAAGCCUAACUAGCCAUGAGGCGCUCUGCCCAGCUGAAAGCCCGCUUAUAUGUAACGCAUGUGGGAAAACCUUCAGAGGAAACCCUGAUCUCAUACAGCAUCAGAUAACCCACACUGGACAGAAGUCCUUCAUGUGUAGCGUGUGUGGAAAAUCCUUCAGCCAGAACUCACUUCUUAAAAGUCAUCUGCAGUGUCACAUGGGUGAGAAGCCCUACACCUGUGAGGAGUGCGGGAAAGCCUUCCAUGCACACUCGGACCUCAUGAGGCACAGGGGUGACCACAGCAGAGAGCCUUAUGCAUGCAGUGAGUGUGGGAAGGCCUUUCACCAGAGCUCCAGCCUCAAAAAGCACCAGAGGGUCCAUGCAGGCGAGAGGCCCUAUGCGUGUGGGGAGUGCGGGAAAGCUUUCCGGCGGAGCUCCAACCUGGUCCAGCACCAAAGGGUCCAUUCUGGGGAGAAGCCGUAUGUGUGCAGUGAAUGUGGGAAGGCCUUCCGGCGGAGCUCAAACCUCAUCAAACACCACAGGGUCCACACAGGUGAGAAGCCAUUUGAGUGUGGGGAGUGUGGGAAGGCAUUCAGCCAGAGCUCGCAUCUGAGGAAGCAUCAGAGGGUCCACACAGGGGAGAGGCCAUACAUGUGCAGUGAAUGUGGCAAGCCAUUCAGCCGCGUCUCCAACCUCAUCAAGCACCACAGGGUCCAUACGGGAGAGAAGCCCUAUAAAUGCCCCGACUGCGGGAAGGCCUUCAGCCAGAGCUCCAGCCUCAUUCAGCACCGGAGAAUCCACACUGGGGAGAAGCCGCACGUAUGUGACGUGUGCGGAAAGGCUUUCAGUUACAGCUCAGUGCUCAGAAAGCACCAGAUAAUCCACACGGGAGAGAAACCUUAUGCGUGUGGUGUCUGUGGGAAGGCCUUCAGCCACAGCUCAGCCCUCGUUCAGCAUCAGGGUGUGCACACAGGUGAGAAGCCCUACGAGUGCCAUGAGUGUGGGAAGACGUUCAGCCGCAGCUCCAACCUUAUCCUGCACCAGCGAGUUCAUACAGGAGAGAAGCCCUAUGAAUGCACUGAGUGUGGGAAGACCUUCAGCCAGAGCUCAACUCUCAUUCAGCAUCAGAGGAUUCAUAAUGGAUUGAAACCCCAUGAAUGUAACCAGUGUGGUAAAGCCUUCAACCGAAGCUCAAACCUCAUUCACCACCAGAAAGUUCAUACUGGAGAGAAGCCGUACACGUGUGUCGAGUGUGGGAAGGGCUUCAGCCAGAGCUCACACCUCAUUCAGCAUCAAAUAAUCCACACCGGCGAGAGGCCCUACAAGUGCCAUGAAUGCGGGAAGGCCUUCAGCCAGCGCUCCGUCCUCAUCCAGCACCAGCGCAUCCACACUGGUGUGAAGCCCCACGAGUGUGCUGCCUGCGGAAAGGCCUUCAGCCAGCGGUCCAAGCUGGUCAAGCACCAGCUGGUCCACACCAGGCAGUGAAGCCGGACGGCUUCCUCUCUGGCUACCCCAGCCCCUCCUCCCAGGUGUGAGGCCUGGCCGCUCAGCUGCCCUCCAUCCUGCGUCCCUCUGUCUGCAGAGCCGGGACCCUCCUUGCCCUCCAUUGCUCCGCCUCACGUGACCUCGUUUCUUUCUUGUUUGUACAUUUGGUUGUCAGAUGCCUUGUUUGUCAGUAGGGGAAAGACUAUAGAGGCUGCAUAUUUGGGAGUAGAGUUGAUUACUGUAACCAGACAUGACUCGAAAAGUAAACUGCACUUGGUUCAUGGUUCCCACA